CGGUCCUCUCUGAGUCACCGAUCCCUCGAGGUUUGGAAAAUGUUCUACAAGAUUGUCCUCUUCCUCUGCUUGCCAUCUGUUUUGGCUGAACAGCUCUGUAAACCAAAUGCUCCAGAUGGCCUAAAAGUGCGACUCAGCAUCAAAACUGCUCUGGACAGUGAAGCUUAUGAGUGGAAUAGAAAUGAAAAGUUCCUUUUCCAAGCAACCAUUGCUUUCGCCAUGAGUCAAUACACGGGACAAGAAUUCAAAGUGUCAAACAUCCUAGUGUGUGAUGAGACUCCCAGGGUGUCCUUUUGGUUUGUGGUCACGUCACCUGCCAAUCUAUCACAGCUUAUGAGUAAAGGAGUUGUGGAGCUGGCUGUCAGAAAGUUCAGGAACAGAAUCAACAAUGCUUUCCUGCUCUCUGAUGAAACGCUGGAGUUUGUUGGAGUCCUGCCCACCCUGGCCUCCCCUGUGGAACCUGCCACCCCUCCAUGGCUAAUUGUGUUUGGGGUGAUGAUGAGUCUGGUCAGUGCCGGCAUCGUCUUUGUGCUCGUGUCAACAGUGGUCCAAAACAAACGUAAGAGGAAGCAGAAGGGAGAUGACCAGGACGACGAUGAAGAGACAAGGGUUAAAACUGUGGAAAAUGGAUGUGAUGGUGUUUAUAACACUUCGUUCUCAGAAGAUGAACCAAACACACGGAUGUAAAAAAUCUGCAAUAUGAGUCUUCCAUGUAAGCAAAUGAGAUGGGAAGUAUAAUAUUAGACUGCUCUUUUUUAAAGCUGUAUGCCUUUAUUAAUGUGCAAAAUCUUAACUUUACUGUAGAACUGAUUUUCAUGCUUUUAUUUUUAUUGUUUGAAAUUAUCUGCAAAGUACAUACUUUUAUUACUAGCAGACCAAGCACAAAAACCUCUCUUUCAUUUUUAUGUCUGUUCUUCAUCAAAGCAUUUCUUUCUAAUUUGUGAUGAGAUUUAAAAAUAAAUUAAAUGUUUCUGUUUGAUAUGCAGUUGCCUUAUAAAAAUGUACCCUGAAUAUGAAAACAAUCAGCUUCAUUAAUCAUUAAAAUGGGGAUCUUAUGAGCUUAAGGAGAUGCUUGUUUUCAAUUUACCGAGUAAAUAUUUCUGUUAAUCUGGUUUCAGAUGUUAGGUUCUGCAUGUUUUUUUAAUAACUUUUCUGGGAACAUUGCCUUGCAAUGAUAUCAUAUUUCUUAAACUUUGAGACAUUUUGUCACGAUAUAACCACCGACUUGAAUUUAUGGUAUUUCCAUUUUAUGUGGCAGAGAAACAGAAAGCAGUGCAUAAUGAUGCAUGCUCUAUGUUUUCUUUAACAAGUCAGCACCUUGUAAAUCAAUCUUUUACUGCAGUCACUGCCACAUAACUUCUCAGAUAUGUCUCUAUAAACUUUCAGCAUCUGUAGACUGUCAUUUCAGGCCUUUUUUGUCUGCAGUAACUCCUCAGUCAGAGUAUAUGUGAACAUUUUUCCCAAGACUCUCAACUGGACUUGGGUGUAGACUGGAUCAUGGUACCAUAUACAUGUCUUCUGAUCCUGAUCACUCUAUUGUAGCUCUGGCUGGAUCUCAAGGGUUGCUAUGCUGAGAGGUGAGCUUCCUCCCCAGCCUUCCCCAUAGUCACAUUAUAUGCUGACUCAAAAAGACCAAAAAACAUUUGUAAUAAUAAAAUAAUGUUUUACUCA